CGUUAAGUCAGCAUCUUCUCUGCCGGUGGUUCCGUGACCCUUUGCCGCUGCCGGACAGGUCCAGGUACGAACUUUGCCGGGUCCAUGUCGUCAUUUAUUUAUCACUCUUAGCUCUAGUGUCAGCCUUAAGAAACACUAAUUAGCCGAAUAAAGGCGCGACUCUUCUGGGCUAAUCAGUAAGCUAGCAGCUAAGUGGCUAACGUUAGCUAACAGCAGUCCUCAAGGUUGGUUAGUUAACAGCGGCGUAAACGGAGGAGGAGGCUGGGUACUGUCUUUACUGGUAGUUCUGUUCUGUAAUCAACCGACAACGUGUCUUCUAGCCAGGCUUUGUGAACCUUUUCUUGUUUUUAAGUCCUCUGUCUUUUCUGAAUUAGUGGAGAGGUCCUGGACCGGGGUCACCAUGGCUCUGAAGCUGAUCCGCAGAUUUCCGCUGCUCGGGCAGUUCGGGGUUCAGCGUUACCCUCCUGUUGGACCUGUCUGCCCCUUCACCAGGCCCCUGAGAACCAGUGCGGGUCAACCCUUAUGUGUCGCGUGCCUGUGCACCUCUACCGGCCGGUGCAUCACAAGACAGGGCUGCCGGAAGCUCCAGCCGGACUGUGGGACCAGGAGCCUGACCACCAUCGUCAGGGAGCCGUUCUUUGUCGCCAGCAGCUCUGUGGGGCUCCACAGAGAUUCGGUUCCCCGGUUCUGUCUGACCCAACUGCAUCGACCCACAGCUGCAGAGGAGCAGGCUUUCCAGCGGCGGCUAGAGGGAUGCUCCACAUCCCGGCAUGUCUUCAAACUCCUGCGCUCAGAGGAGAUCCUGUCUGACACCAUGGCAGCGGCAGCGCUUCACCGUGUGGCCAGCCUGGAGGAGGAGGGAAACGCUCUGAAGGACCCCGCAGUGCUGGAGAACGACACCAUCAAAGCUUUGUGCUUCCAGCUGGAGCAGGACUCUAGACGGCUGACGGAUGCUGGGCUGGUAUCCGCUCUCCUGGCCUGCACGCGCCUCUUCCUGGAUCCAUGGAGCACUCUGAUGGUGCGGCUGGUGUCUGAGAGCCAGGCGAGGUUGGACAGGGGGCAGAUGAGCGUAGGGCAGUUGUGCACCUUAGGCCAGGCGAUGCUGGCCAUAGAGGGUCCUGGCGGUGUGUUACUGGAGCAGGUGAUGGAGGACAUCCAGAAGACGGAGCCUGCACAGUGGAGCCUGUCAGAUCUUGUUGCUGUCUAUAAGCUUCUGCAAGGUGAUGUGGGUAAAGAUGGAAAGUACAUAGACCUGCUGAACUCCAUGCACACUCACGCCAUGACAGUCACCUCCUACAUGGAUCCUUAUGCUGUUACUGUGCUGCUACACACUCUUGUGACCCUGAACCAGACCCAGGCCAUGCCUCUAAUUAUCAGUCUGUGUAAGCAGGCCGUGCGGCACGUACCUCACUUCACAGAUGAGGAGCUCACCCUUGUGAUUGGGGCGCUGAUCCACUUCGGCCACAGCGAUCAUUACUUUGUGCAGGCGAUGGAGAAGUACGUCCCCACGAUGGUGUUCACCUCCCACCCGGAGACUGUUACCAAGGUGAUGCAGUUCUUCAGCCGGAGGAACAUCCUGUCCCCAACUGUGCUGGACGCCGUCGCUGAGAGCUUCGUGUACCGAGCGGAUGACUACAGCACCAGCCAGGUGGCCAGGCAGAUCAUGGCUUUCGGGAAGCUGGGAUACCUCCCUCCUAACGCGGGCGACCUAUUCAGGAAGGUCGAAAACAUCCUGCACACGCGCUUCUCACACUUCCAGCCUCGAACGCUGCUCAACCUGCUCCACUCCUGCACCCUGGUCGAGAGGUUCCCUGUUAACUUUGUCUCCAAAGUCUUCAGUAACUUCUUCCUGCAGCAGCUGCAAGGCACGGGAAUGGAUCGGUUCAUCCUGGCACAGCUGACUCAGCUCUACAUGACUAUGAAGCUGGAGUGUCCUUCCUAUCAGGGUCCCAGGCUCCUUUCAAAGUACCAUGUCAAAUCUUUCCUCAUGCCCGGACGCUCUCUGGAGACGCCGGUGGAUGUGCAUCUGUACAACUCUGUGAAAACCGGACUGAUCGAUUUGCUCGGGGCUCGUUCGUACUUUGGAUCCAAAGUUCUGACGCCAUACUGCUACACACUCGAUGUGGAGAUCAAACUUGAUCAGGAGGGAUAUGUGCUGCCUGUCAGUCAGACUGAUGAAGUACACAAAAGGAUCGCUCUUUGUAUCGACGGACAAAAGAGGUUCACUACAAACACGAGGCAGCUGCUUGGAAAAGAGGCCAUCAAGCAGCGACACCUGAGGCUCCUGGGAUAUGAAGUUGUCCAGAUUCCUUACUAUGAAUUUGAAAACCUGCAAACCAUGACCAGCGUGGUGGAGUACCUGCACCAAAAAAUCUUCCCUCACACCUACAGGCUGAGCUGGUGAUGAUAAAAUCAAGUCUGCUGUGGAUGCAACAUCAGGGCUUUUCACUUUUAUUUUCUUACUUAAAGAAAUGUGUAUUUAUUUUUGUUAAUAACUGCCAAAUGAAUGUGUUUAAUUUAAUGAUCAUGCUUCCACAUAUUUAACUUCACAAUAAAGUGACUUUUGUAUAAAUAAUGACUUCAGCGUAUCACACCACGUGAAGUAUUGGUUGAAAAAUAUAAUUUAUUUUGAUCGUAGCAACAAAAUGCUGCAGAAACUGUACAAAGUUGAGAAUCCCAAUUCUAACAAUCACCUC